AUGCAGACCCUCGCACCCCUCCUGGCCCUUCUGGGCCUGGCGGCGACCUCCCACGCCGCCUCCUUCGCCCGCUUCUCCAACGAGACAGGCACCCUCACCGACUGCCUCACCAAGGCCGGCGUGCCCAUCGGCGAGUCCGGGACGCCCGAAUACAAGAUCGACGUCGCGAGCUUCAACCUCCGGCUCAACUACACGCCGGCGGCCGUCGUUGCCGCCUCGACGGCCCAGCACGUGCAGGAUGCCGUCGUGUGCGCCAACAAGUUCGGCAUCAAGCCGACGGCCAAGUGCGGCGGGCACAGCUACGCUUCCUUUGGUCUGGGCGGUGAGGACGGUCAUCUGGUCAUCGAGAUGAGCCGCAUGAACAAGGUUGUUCUGGACAACGUCACGGGCAUCGCCACGGCCGAGGGCGGUACCCGCCUGGGCCAUCUCGCCAUGGAACUCUACACCCAGGGGAAGCGGGCCAUCAGCCACGGGACAUGCCCGGGCGUCGGCGUCGGCGGCCACCUCCUCCACGGCGGGUACGGGAUGAGCUCGCACACGCACGGCCUAGCCCUCGACUACGUGAUCGGCGCCACGGUGGUGCUGGCCAACGGCACGGUGGUGGAGUGCUCGGAGACGCAGCACGGCGAGCUGUUCUGGGCGCUGCGCGGGGCGGGGGCGUCCAUGGGGAUCGUGACCGAGUUCCGGCUCAAGACGUUCGAGGCCCCCGGCCAGCUGACCUACUUCGUGGCGCCCGUGCAGUGGCCGACCGAGGCGAGGGCGCUGGUGGGGGUUACCGCCGUGCAGGAGUUUGCGAAGACCAUGCCGGCGGAGCUGAAUAUGCGCUUGUUUAUUGCGAGGCGGUUUGUUAAUUUGGAGGGGCUGUUUUAUGGGGAUAAGGAGGGCCUGAAGGCUGCGCUGGCGCCGUUGGUGGCCAAGACGAAUGCUACGCUGGCGUUGGCGACGACGGGGGACUGGAUGGAGCAGAUUAAGCAUUUUGGUGGGGGUUCGAAUAUUGAUCAGGGGCAUGGUUAUGAGGAGCACGAAACCUUUUACUCGACCAGCCUGUACACCAAGGAGCUCAACGACGAGCAGCUGCAGAAUUUUGUUGGGUACUGGUUCAACCAGGCCAAGAACAACACGAGGGACUGGUACGUGCAGAUCGACCUGCACGGCGGUGAGAACUCGGCUGUGUCGGCGCCCGCGGCGGACUCGACCGCGUAUGCCCACCGCGACUACCUCCUAAUGUACCUCCUGUACGACCGUGUCGACAAGGGCGAGUACCCGGCCGAGGGCCACACCGUCAUGGAGAACUUUGCCGGCAACAUCACCCAGGGGAUGGAGCGGAGUGACUGGGGCAUGUACAUCAACUACCCGAACUCGAGGCUCGACCAGAAGGACGCGCAGCUCAACUACUGGGGUGACAACCUGCCCAAGUUGCAGGCCAUCAAGAAGGACGUUGAUCCCGAGGACGUGUUCCACUUCCCGCAGGGUGUCAUGCCUGCCGUGUAA